UAAAGAGGGAAAAUAAUUGGAUAAGGAUCAGCUUAUUUCUUUUCUCCUUUUUCCUCUUUUCUCCAGCCCGAUUCUGCUCUUCUUCUUCUUCUUCCCGCUGCAGCCAAAAAAAGAAAAGAAACCCAGCCAUGCCUUGAGGAAACCGAUAGAAAGCUUGGUUUUUGGCCUUCUUUUCUUGCUCUAGAACACAUGUAGAACCCAGAAAUUCUUCCUUCCCCUGCUGGAAAACCGGAUCUGCUAUGCUCUGCUCCUCACCGCCGGCUGCUCCUGCUUGUGGGGGGCGAAUUGCUUGGGUUUUGGCCGUGAGCUUUCUUCUUCCAUGCCGCCGGCCUUCUUCCCCAAUCUGCUAGCUCCGGUUCCUUGCUUGUAAAUUCUGGUUCCCGAUCGUUCUGUCAGUUAGUACGUGAAUUGAGUGCUCGGUUUUAUGCGAGUGAGGUAAGUAAAUUUAUGGUAAUGCC